AUGGCUCCUGCCGACGUUUUGGUGGCCUCGCCCGUUAACGGCAUGGUGGGGCUUGAAAUGUGCUCGGCCACGCCACCCGACAACUGCAAGUCGCCGCAUACGCCACGCUUGUUGCAACGUGCCGGCAUCCGCGCGCUCGAGCAGAUCGCGGCAGACAAGACGAUCCCCGCGACGCCACAAGAAGCAGAGGCCGGAUCGGAGACUAUGGCAACGUCACCGACCGCUGCUAAGCGCAAACGGCAGUCGCUGUCGCCCACCACGUCCGCAGGAUCGUUAGACAGUGAAGGACCCGAGACCAGUCCGGAUGAGCUGGAGGACUCGCAGCCGUCCCAGCCACUGCCUGAAGAGAGCGAGGUGAAGCCUUCCACACCGACAAUCAAACGCUUCAUAUCGAAAAAUAGAGAACGCAAGCGACGCAAAGUGGACGUGAUUGAGAAUGCUCUCAAGCGCUUCCAUGAGGACGAGACCAAAGCCCCACGUUGCGCCGAGUUCACGACCAUCUGCCACCCAAAGUACAGGUACAAGAAUAGGAUACGAGAGGCUGCCAAGAUGCGCGUCCAGGUCGGAGUAUCGCUUGCACAAGGCGCGCGUCCGUACAUGGAAGAUCGCUACUCGGUAGUAGAGCGUCUGCUGGAGGAUGAGGAGGACGCCGACUGGUCGCCCAGCUUGUUGGCAGUAUACGACGGCCACAACGGAGCGUAUGCGUCCGAGUAUGCGCGUCGUCGGUUUAGAGACAUGCUAGGCGAGAGUGAAGACCUGAUAGAGAUCAGUCGUCGCGCACAGCACUCGGAAUUGACCGAAGACGACGUGGAGAAAGUCCGCGAACUGUUGGUGGACGCGUUUGCGACUGUAGACGCCGAGAUUCUGCAGCGCACCGUCAUUUUGAACAAACGAGAUGGCUCGACAGUGCUACUGGGGCUUUUAGUGGGCGGUAAGCUCUUUGUUGCGAACCUUGGCGACUCGCGAGCUGUUCUGGCCCAGGCAGACGACAGCAGUGACGAGGAAGAGGAGGAAGAUGUGCCAAGUGCUGUGCGUCUCUCGGUGGAUCACAAACCCGACCUCAAGGAGGAAACGGAAUGUGUUCAAGACGCAGGAGGGAAGGUCAUCUUCUCUGGAUGCUGGCGCGUAGCACACGACCAGAUUCCACUGCGCUUGGCCAUCAGUCGAUCGCUGGGGGAUCAUCCACUCAAGGUGAACCUGCCGGCAUCUUGCUCAGCUCCUUUAGUGUCGGUGGUUCCGGACGUUCGUGUUCUCAAUGUGGAAGCGGCUGGUGAGUAUCUCGUGUUUGCCAGUGACGGCCUAUGGGACCGCUUGAGCGACGAUGAUGCUGCCAAGAUUGUGCGUGCCAAGGUGGCUGAGUUCCACUGGUCAGAGGAGCCUACGAGCUCGGAAGAUGUGACUAAAGAGGCGCUGCAGUUCGCUGCGAAUGCCCUCGUGGAGGCUGCACUUUUAAAGCGCAGCAUGGACAACAUCACAGCCAUGAUCAUCUCGUUCUCCGAGUUGUCCGAUGACGAGAUUACGAACGCAUAA